UCUAUUGGUUGUAAUGCUGGUCACCUUGUCAGGUGACAUUUAAAUAUUCAUAGCACGGGUUUUAACUGACCGCUGUUAGCGCGGAAAGAUUUAUAGCCAUUCGAAGGCUCUUUUAAGUGCAGAUAACACGUCUUUUGAUUCGGGUGAGGAGCUGACUUUAGAUACUGAUAGAUUGACAAAAGAAAACACAGGAGGGAAUUCUACACUGGAAGUCUCAGAUAUUGUCAAAUUAUUUACGGGAGUUAUACAGUCCCAAUUUAAAACUUUCUCGGGACAAUUAAAAGCCGAGCAGUCAGAGUCGAUUUCAAAGAAGCUUAAAGAAAAUUCUCUGCACAAGAUCAAGUCCGAAGGUAACCGAAUUCAAUUUGAGUUUAAUGCUGAGUUACUAGAGGGCUUAGAGAAAUUAGAGUCGAGAGCUUUGAUUUGAAAGAUUCGGAGUCAUUGAGCAUUAUUUCCGACCUAAGUAAAAAACUGAAAACUCGUCAGAAGCAUAUACGCAUAGCAGACUCGUCUCCUGCAGGGUGGAAAACCGUCAACGAAUAUCAGUGUAACGAAAUCGCAGACAACUCUGAUGAUGAAAAGAAGAUCCGCAGUGCAGAAAACAGGGCCCUCAGACACCAAAAGCAGAACAAGAGAUUUCAGCCUUAUGGGACGCAAAAAACACCAGCAGCAGCGGGAUCUCCAGCUCAAUUGGUUUUUCCUGGGGCUUCUAAUACUUUUCAACCCUUUCCUGCGUUUCAUCAGCAGCAACAACAGCCAUUUCUCUACGGCCAGGGCAGAAACAAGCAGACAAGGAGAUAGCCUAUGCCGUACGCCGUUUGUUUCAACUGUUUCGCAACAGGGCACUGGAAGUCCAACUGCCCAAAGGAAAAGGCCACUCAAAGUCAAUGAUAAGUAUACAGGUUGUUUGACUUGUGUUGUUGAAAAGAGUAAAACGGAAUGCGGUAUAAAACAUAGUCUAAAAAGGCAUUACAGUAAAUGGGAGGAAAUAGGGGCUUUUCAAUAUAUUUUGAAAAUAGUACAUUCUGGUUAUGAAAUUCCUUUUGUCUCCAUACCACCGUCUAUGAAUUUUAGAAAUAAUAAAUCUGCACAAAUUAACGCUGAUUUUGUCACAUCAGAAAUAUCUCAGCUAAUUAAGGCGGGUUGUGUCGUAGAAGUUACAAACAAACCAUAUAUUGUAAGUCCUCUCAGCGUAGCAGAAAACAGGUCGAAAAAGAGAUUGAUACUAGAUUUGAGUAGACUGAAUAAUUAUGUGAGAUAUGAAAAAAUAAAGUUUGAAGAUUGGAAAACAGCCAUCGAUUAUUUUGAAAAAGAUUGUUAUUGCUUAAAAUUUGAUCUUAAAUCCGGUUACCAUCAUAUAGAUAUAUCUGAUAGUUUCCAAACAUAUCUCGGUUCUCAUGGAAUGACAAGUUUUAUUGUUAUACCGUGCUUCCGUUUGGUUUGUCAUCCGCUCCAUUUAUUUUUACGAAAUGUCUAAGAUCUAUUGUUAAAUUCUGGAGAAAAAGGGGAAUAAAAAUAGUUCUUUACCUAGAUGACGGUUUCGUAUUCGCAUCAUCUAAACAUGAAUGUUUGUCAGUUUCUGAAUUCAUCAAAAGUAGUUUAUCAGAAUUUGGGCUACUUAUCAAUAUUGAAAAAUCACUAUUUUAUCCAACUCAGAAUUUAGAAUGGUUAGGAAUUUUGUGGGAUUCAAAGUCUUUUUCUAUUUCAGUGCCCAAAAGACGUCUUGACGACACAGUUGCUUCUUUACAGCAAUUGGUGAAGUGUUUUCCUAAAGUGACGGCGAGACAAUUGGCGAGAGUUGUGGGAAAAAAUAAUGUCAAUGUCACCAGUUAUGGAUAUAUUUAAAACGGGAAGGUGGUCCGAUAGUGUAAGGAUUGAAGAUCAGCGAUUACAACAGCUACGGGACCUUUUACCAACUUUAUGUCUUAAAUCAAGAGCAGGCAAUACAUCGAGUCAAUACAGGUACGCAUUCAAUGCUUUCUGUCGAUGGUGCGGCACUUUUCUGCCGUCUAUUUCUGCACUACCCGCAGCGGAUGAACAUGUGGCUCUAUAUUUAAUUUCUAUCGCCAAAGAUUACAAAUCAUCAAACAAAAUUCAACUAGCUACACAUUCUAUAAGUUGGGCCCAUCAGUUAGCAGGACUAAAAGAUCCAUGUGAAUCUGCGUCAGUGAAGUUAACAAAGGAGGGUGCAUAAGAGAGACUUCCAAGCCUGUUGUGAAGAAAGAACCAAUUACACCAGAUCAUUUGAAAUUAUUGGCUAGGAGAUACAAAUCGAACAAUUUGUAUAAAAUGCGCACUUUAUGUAUGUGUUUGUUAGGUUUUGCAGGGUUCCUAAGAUUUUCUGAGCUGGCAAAUAUUAAACUUAGUGAUUUGUCAUUUGAUAAUGUUUGCAUGAGAAUAAACAUUGUCAAAAGUAAGACGGAUGUUUAUAAAGAAGGGCAUGAGUUGUGUAUUGCUAGAACUCAUGGUGAUACUUGUCCUGUUCAUACUUUAGAAGAAUACAUUAAAUUGUUGGAUGUUGAAGUUAGUUCCUCAGAAUAUUUAUUCAGAUCUUUUGACAUUCUGUAAAAAUACUAAUACAUAUAAGAUUAGGAGAGAUAAUCGCCCUCUGUCUUAUACGAGGGCACGAGAAAUCGUUUUGGAUGCUUUUGGAGAAAUAGGGUUAGAUAAGAGCAAGUUUGGUUUUCAUAGCCUGCGGUCGGGCGGGGCAACAUCAGCUGCAGCAGCUGGUAUUAGUGACAGAUUGUUUAAAAAGCAUGGGCGGUGGCGGUCAGAAAAAGCUAAGGAUGGCUAUGUGAGAGAAAACAUUAAUGAUAAACUAUCAGUUACCAAAAAUUUAGGUAUUUAAAAUUUCAUAUUCAAAUUAUUUUCUAUAUCGCUCUUCUUUGUCUUUCGAAAUAAUUAAACUGCACUAUCAGAGCACUUCACAUCCUAUUAUACGUGUUUGUGUUUAUUUUAUAAAUUAUUUAUGUUCGUUUGAGUGGAACGAAUAAGAACAUAAAUGUAUUUAUUAAAGGUGGAAUAACACGUGUUCGUGUUUAUUUAUACGUGUGAUCUAUUGGUUGUAAUGCUGGUCACCUUGUCAGGUGACAUUUAAAUAUUCAUAGCACGGGUUUUAACUGACCGCUGUUAGCGCGGAAAGAUUUAUAGCCAUUCGAAGGCUCUUUUAAGUGCAGAUAACUGAAUACCCACCCACCCGCACUUGCUUUACAUGUUUUUUAGAUUGUUACUUAGUUUGUUUUGUUUUGUAGAUAGGAAGAUAAAGAAGAUAUGAAUAUUGUAUAUAGUUGAAAUAAUUAAACUGCACUAUCAGAGCGCUUCACAUCCUAU